AUGGUUUGUUUGCCAUGUAUUUUUCUUCCGGUUCUCAUGGCUAUCUAUUUAAAAUUCAUUCAACCAUAUGUGUACAGGUCAGUUUUGAACUGCAUCAUAAUUUAUAUUUCAAAGAUUGAUUUAAGAAACUUUAUUUCUUUUUUUUUCUAGGUUACUUCCAGAAAGCUGGGUUCACUUUCUUGACCCGAUACUAUACCCAACCUGUCCAGCAAAGCCGCCACCAUCCGAUGAAAAGCAGGAAUCCGAAAAAAACGGUUCUUAAUUCAUCUUUUUCAUCCGUGGAAUAUAUGGAAACUUUAUGUUAGCUUUGAGCUACCUGAAAUUUCUAGAUUAAAAAAAAGAUCUCCAUUAAUUUUAAGUAUUCAAUUUUGUUUUAUAUCAGUUAAACUUACAGGUACAAAUGCAGAAGCUUGCUGUGAAUCAAAAGUCUCGAAAAAGACACAAUAA